AUGAUCCCUUAUAUGGAGGUGAACCUCUUGAACGAAACUGAUCAUCGUAAAAUUCAGGCUAAAAAAUUGUUGUCCAUCACCAGUGCCAUCUUUACCGCGAUCAACCCGGGGGUCGAUUCAUUCAAGUCCGGCAACUUCUCCAAGUGGAGUGCAGGCUUCUCCAGAGUUGAUGUUCGGCAAGAUGUCGCCACCAGCGACGAUGUUAGCUCAGUCACGGUUGCAUUAGAUUGGUCGUCGUGGAGAAUGCCCAUAGUUGAUUCUCCAUCGAAUGGUGAGGUCCGCCCUGCUGAUGUCGGCGCUGGUGUUGGGGAAAGUGUGAAUUUAAAAGACAGUUUCGAUUGCGAGGAAGGAGAGAAGGGGGGAGGGAAGGCCUGGAAGUUGAACCGCGAAUUAUGA